AUGGCUGAGAGAGUUGAAGCUCACGAACGCAGAAACAGCGAAAGAAAAUUAACGAAGGAAGAAAAAGCAAACAAAAAUAUCAACAAGUGGAGGCUAAAGCAACAAAACAACUGCAGCGUUGCCGUCUUCCGGGUGAAGUCGCUAGCGAAUAAACGUCAUUUGUUUAAGGUGGAUACAAACGCGAAGCAGUUCCAUGUAACGGGUGUUUGCGUCCUUCCCCCUCAACCCGCUUGGGCUGUGGUGGUGUUUGAGGGUUCUCACAAAUCGAUAAAGCGGCUUCGCGCGUUGAUGGAGAGAAGAAUAAAAUGGACAGAGGCGGAUAUGGGCUCCAAGCAGAUGCAACCCGUAGGCCUUUAG